AUGUCAUAUCAGGACAACUAUACUUCACACUUAACAGGAACACUUCCUUAUCAACGAUGCCUCAUUCCUGGCCUUCCAGAAGAUACGCAGCACACAAUAUAUGAUGUAACAAACUUUAUUUUCGUUCCUAUAGUUAUGCUCUUGGCUUUUCUUUCAUUCACAAGUAACUUCCUUGUAAUGGCGGCUCUGAUACGAGUAAAAUCUCUCCGGCAUCCUUCACUAUUGCUACUGGGCAGUCUCUCAAUAACCGACAUAUUGUUUGCAGUGUAUGCCUUUGUUGAGGGUCUUGCAAGAUACAUGUACGAAGCUUUUUGCCCCGAGGAAAAUGGCGAUUUGGAACGUGGAUUUGUUGUUCUGUGUAACAUUUCAACCAUGGGUAACCUGGCGUUCAUCAGUAAAGACCGGCAUUUAGCAGUAAGCAAGCCUUGGUGGUACCGUGCUCAUGUGAAGCGAUCAAGCGUUCUUAAACAAUCGUCAGCUAUCUGGUUUUAUAGCUUCUUUACGUCAGGAAUGAUUUUUGCGUCAUCGUAUUUUUCAAUCAUUCAUUUUCCAGUCCUUUCUUUAAUUAGCCUGUCCUACAUAAUAUCUAUAGUCAUUAUGAUUACUUCUUAUGUUGGAAUAUUCAUCGCAAACAAACGCCACAGGCGCACCAUGCAGCAGCACAGGGGCCAGGUGUCUGCCAUCUUAGAGCAAGAGAAGAAAUUGGCCAACACUGUAGGUUUGAUCGUAAUAACACUCUUUUUAACUGUCUUACCGGGACUUAUUCUACCUGUAGUUCUAAAACUUCUGGGAUUUUCACCCACUGAAAAUAUCCCUUUUGGUCCAUUUUUUAGUUUUUUACUGACUCUAAAUGGAUUUUUGAAUCCGUUGUUAAACUAUGGCAGAAAUGAAGGUGUACGCAGAGCAGUGCGAGGCUUAGUCGGAUGCUCCUGCAUUGUAACUCAUAGAGUUCAACCUUCCACCAAUAAUGGNUGUUGGAAUAUUCAUCGCAAACAAACGCCACAGGCGCACCAUGCAGCAGCACAGGGGCCAGGUGUCUGCCAUCUUAGAGCAAGAGAAGAAAUUGGCCAACACUGUAGGUUUGAUCGUAAUAACACUCUUUUUAACUGUCUUACCGGGACUUAUUCUACCUGUAGUUCUAAAACUUCUGGGAUUUUCACCCACUGAAAAUAUCCCUUUUGGUCCAUUUUUUAGUUUUUUACUGACUCUAAAUGGAUUUUUGAAUCCGUUGUUAAACUAUGGCAGAAAUGAAGGUGUACGCAGAGCAGUGCGAGGCUUAGUCGGAUGCUCCUGCAUUGUAACUCAUAGAGUUCAACCUUCCACCAAUAAUGGCCGCAAUCAGGGAAGUGGGACAGUUAAUCCUACUUCCAAUAUUGCGCAGAAUGCUACUAAUAUG